UCAUUCCUCCGCGCCGCCAGGGGGCGCUCUGCUACCCCAUCACCGCUCCCGCCUCGGCGCGCGCAUGCGCGGUGAUUCAAAAGCGAUGGCGGCUGCGGCCGCUGAGGGGGAGCGAUCCUUGCCCGGUUCUUCGCCCGCUCUCCGCUGCCUCGGCGCGACGUCCUCGGAGGGCACCGGCAUGGCGGCGGCCGGACAAACGCCUAAAGCUAAGCGGAAAGCAGGAAGAGUUGUUCAGUCUCGCUACCUGCAGUACGAUAAGAAACAAAGCAAGACGGUGCCGAAACAGCCAAGCUCAGGCGUCGCUCAGCGAAAGGCAGCAAAGGAUGCUUCCUCAGGUUCCUCCUCAUCAAGUAGUUCACUGCUGUCUUCUAGAGCUGAAGCAAGAGCGGUUGUCUCUCAGAAACAGAAAGCUUCUGCUAGUGUGAACCUCAGCUCAUUGACUCCGGCUGGUCUUGAGAGGGGUGACUUGCAGUCCACUUUAUUAGAUGAAGGCAAAAUGAAGCUACCAGACCUUGAUAUUUCUGCUAUUAAUGAUAAAAGUGACCCCAAGAAGAGUUCUUAUUCAGAACCUAUUUCAAAAGAGAAUUCAAAGGCAAAGAAAAGAACUGGAAAGACUCGUAAGGCAGCUGCUUCUUUUGAUCUGCUGGAAGUGCUGGAAUCUGAGGCACUAAUUUUAACUUUCCUAAAAUUAAGGACAGAAAAAAGGGUUGCCAAGAUGGAGGAGAAAGCAGAAAAAUACUUGUUAAUGUUGUGUGAAGAAAAGCGGAGACAGCAGGAGAAGCUCUUGGAGCUGAAACGUGAAAUUCUGCUCGAGGAGAGAAAGCAGAAGCUCAAUGAAGCAUUAGACAAACAGAUAGAAGUGCUGUCUCCCCUGGUUGCUGUGUGUGAGCAGUUUAAAGAGCAAUACAAAAGCUUUGCAGCUGGCCUGGAUGCCACAAGGCACAAAUUACCCAUAAAGGACAUUCACAUAGAAGGAGAUAAGCAAACCUACCUUGAGGAACUGGAAAAGCAGUUAAGGAUCACACAGGAGCUUCUGACAGAGGUUAUGCCAGAGCACUCAGUGGAUGGUGGAAAAGCCCUUGGUGCACUGAAGGAGCUUCAAGAAGUGUCUCAGCAACUGAGUACAGGGCUUCAAAGGAGCUUCACAGAUGUGCAGAACCUGUCCUUUGAAGCCUGUAAAGAAGUUUCUCUGCAUAACCAGUACUUGUGUGAAGAGAAGCAUGGAGUAGAUGUUGUGAAAGGCUGGUAUUUCAACUGUCUGUAGUGUUUUACUGGGUAGGUACUAACACAAAACCAGCAGACUUCUUAUCUUUUUUUUUGUGCUGUGGACAUCCAACUUGCCCAGUUUUUCAGCACUGGUACAGGAAUUGGAGAAUUGUUCUGCCUGUCCCACAGGGACUCAUCACUGCUUGCUUUUAAUGGGGAUUUCUGUGACAGGUUUCCAUCCCUUCCUGCCCUGACACAACUGACAGGUAAAUGAUAAAAAGUGUUAUUCCUGGCAAAUCUGAUCUCUGUGGGAAUUACAGCUGGAGCAUUGCUCACUGAACAACUUCUGCAGGAACUCUGAUUUGUCCCAUGUUUCUGGAUGUGCUGGGUGGGUGUAAAGCACUUGCUUGGAAGGAACCUGGUCACUUUAAACAAGUGAGAAAUUUUGGUAACUUCUCACUACUUCUUCAUUGCCUAAUUGCCUUGUAAAUAAAUUAUUGAAAUUACAAAUGCUUGUGUAUAAACCUGACUCCUCUUUAAGGAUUUUAUUGUUUUUGAUAAUAAAGACUGUUCUCCACUGCUCUAA